AUGUUCAUCGUUAACAGUUUCCGAAAUAGCUCUCAAAAGAGGCCCUUUGUUCGUAGAAGACAGCCUAUAGGUUUGAGCGUGCGUCCGAAACGCUGGUGUCGCACGCAUGGCCUCGUGCUUGCGGAACACGAGGCGCCGGGGCGCCGGGCACCUCAAAAACCUGCGAUCAGCCUCCGCCUGGAGGUGGCAAAGUCUGCGGCGAGUAUAGCUUGUGCACUCUUGUUUGCACUUGUUUGCGAAGACCAAGCUCGAAAUGGUUUGAGCUCCAGUGGAACAUCGUUAGCAUCUGCGGCGAUGGAGUCGAGCUUUUGCGGGACGACGAGCGAGGCGAGGCCUGCUGCCUCCGAAGGAACAUGUAUUCAGAGGUUCCUGGAAUCUCUGCAAAUUCCUGGAGCGUUUGCCGCGGAUCUAACUGGAUUUGUCGAAGAUGACACUGGAACCUCUCCAGGAAGCGUGGUUUCGCGAGUAAAUAGCUCGCUGCAGGCUUUGGUUCAGAAUACUGGUUACCGGGUUUUCAUCCUAAUAAAACGUGACAUUCCACUCGGAACGGACUUGAAUAGUCUCGCUCGGGAGGUUUAUGAGUCAAAGAAUGGUGAUGGCAAUCUUCUUGUUCUUGUUUUGAAUCCGAAGACAGCCAAGGGAGGGUAUUACGCAGGUGAUCAAGUGCAGAGAGCCAUCCCAAACUCUGUUUUGAUGAGCAUCGCGAACGAGACCUAUCCGUUCAACACACUGCAGGGCAAGUAUGGUGCUGCACUUCUGGACGUUACCAACAGACUGGAGGCCGUUCUCUCGGGUCGCGAUGACCCUGGCCCUCCGGUCGUUCGCAAAUCUGAGAAGGUGGCCUCUUUUAAGACAAGAGAGGAGACCGAGAGUCAGCGAAAGAAAUAUGUGGGCGUCGUCGCCACUCUGCUGAUCAUCAGCGUCGUCGCGCCUAUGGCGCAGUACUUUUGGUACCAGCGAAAAUAG